CAUUGACUACCAUGGCGUCAUUUUCCUGCGACAGGCGACCGCAUUCUAAAUUUCCAUGUGAAGCGCUUCCAAUAAGUAUCAUUUUAUUUAUCUCUGUGUUGCGGGUUGUUUGUGACAACCGAUGGUGCUGCGAUUCGUGCCGGGCUGCUGCCGUUUGCCAAGAGACCCGUGAGAGGAGGGGAGGCGAAACUGCUGAUUGAGACGUCUUCUCUCUCCGCGACAAGGUUAAAUGUGGAAUGGUAACCUGGGCUGCUGACUAGUGAGAAUAUUUUCUCAUCUGUCUGCUGCGGCCUGACCUUAGGAGCCCCAUGGCCACUCGUUUCUUGGGCAGAUAUGCCCGUCUACUCUGCAGGGCCUCCUCCCAGGCCUCCGCUGCCCGCCUGCCUCCGUCAGCCGCUGGCCUGGCUGAGCUGCACAGGACUCGGUGCCGGCCCUGGGUGUCGGAGAGGUCAAUGAGUGAGAGGAGGGUGCAGGCGAAAGACGACACGUUUUUAAGCAUGCCGACUCGCACCCAGCUGGACGAGACGGUGGAAAAGGCCGUGGUGCCCGAGGACAUCCUGCGAGCCUGGGAACAACAUGGAGGAAAUGGAAAUCAAGCAGCUUGCACUCUGUUGGCGUGGACUAGGAUGGUGCAAAGGACACGGAGGACGUUUCCUCAACAGCUUGCCACGGACUCGAGGCUGCGGGACAUGAUGGAUACUAUACCUCAGCAGAUAUCAACAGUGUGGAACAGUACUCUUGUGUCUGUCCUGAGGGCUCUCUGGGUUAUUGGCGUCCCCAACACGGAUCCAUUGUUGGGUUCUGUCCAAACGGAGGUCCUGUGGCGAAUCCGCCGGUUAAGUUAUAAGCACCUAGGCUUCUUGGCAGAGUGGGGGACCAGCAGGAAGGCCCAGCAGGAUGUGGCCAUCGUGAACGCAGCGCUAAAACAGCUUGAACUGCGCUGGACUGAAAUCUCUGAUGCCAAAACUGUCAGUGUGCUAAUUUCCAAAGGACAACAUGUGUCACCUGUCUUGAUGGACAGACUCGAGGACAAGGCUUUGGAGCUCGCGGAAGGCUUUUCAGCAGAAGAAAUUUGCAAAGUGUGCGUGUCUAUAGCGGCACUGGGUCGCAGGUCCGUCCCCCUCCUCAGGGCUCUGUCCUACUACCUCCUUCAGAGACCGUCGUCUGAAUUCACCACUCCGCUCAUACUCAAUAUGGCCUUCGCAUACGGCAAGCUGAGUUUCCACCAAUCUCAAGUGUUUCAGCGAAUGGCCUCCGAGUUGAUGCCCAGAGUCUCUGAACUGACCUCAUCUGACGUCACGCGUUUUGCAAAGUCUAUGGGCUUCCUCAAAUGGCUUCACAUCCCACUCUUUGAGGCCUUCGCCGAGCACUAUGUGGAGCACAGUGAGAAGUACAGCAAUCUGCAGCUUUGUAACAUGCUCAUGACGUUUGCGAGACUGGACUUUCAACCAAGUAAAGGAGAAGAGUUCUAUGCAAAGGUUCAUCCUGUGCUGGAGAACUCCCUCUCAGGCCUGGAGCCUUUCCUAAAGACAGAUGUUGCUUGGUCCCUGUGCGUGCUACAACAGGCCAGGCCUCACUACCUCACCCCGCUCCUCCAGCAGGAUCAUGUUGCUAAGCUGUCAGAUGGCAGUCCAGUUCGAGUGGAAAACUACGGAUUAAAGCUCCUCCACCUUGCUGCGACGCUGAAUUUGGAGCACCCUGAAUCUUCCUCAUCCCGCCUGGACGCUCUGCUUGUCCCGGCCAGCGCUUCGACUCUUUCCCCACUGCAGAGCAGCCUGAGAGAGGCUUUGGCCACUUUGGUGGAUGGCAGGACAGAGAUGCAUCGCACGGGGAUCAGCACUGUGUUUGGAUGGACUAUUGAAUGUGAAGUGGUAGUAGAUAGUGACAACAAGCCUAUUGACUUAUCCCAGCUGAGAGCUCCUCAUCUUCCAACUGGAGGCGGAGAACAGGCUUUACCUGAAGGGGCACGACGGAUAGCUUUUGUAGCGUGGGAAUUCCCCAAUUUUGGCUCCAAGAGUAAAGACCUUCUGGGACGGUUCACCAUGAUGAAGCGACACUUGCAGCUCUCCGGUUUAAUCGUAGUGGAAGUUCCUUAUUACGAGUGGUUGGAGCUGAAGACGGAGCGUCAGAAGUUGGCGUAUUUAAAGGACAAGCUAGGCAAAGCUGUGGCCGAGGACAUGGCCAAGUGAACUGGCUCGUCUUGAUCGCAGUUGCAAACUCAGCUAAAUCAGAAGCGGGGAAUACAGUACACACAAACAGUGCAUAAUUGCGGAGGAGUGCUCUUGCACCAAAAAAAACAAUAAAAAUAUAUCAUAUAUUGACUGUCGUUCCCGUGGCAACACGUGGGGUUUUCCAUGUUUCCAUGGAGAUAGUGAGCAAGAGUUCUGGAGUCAGAAGCCCAGCAGCGAGGGCUUCACUGCAAGUUGCAGCAUCUGUGUGGAACGCGAUAUCGAUACAGAACAUUUGGCUAAGAUGUGCUAAAUCGGAGCAUUCAAAUUGAUAAUUUAAUGAAUGUGUGUGAGUCAUCAUGUGAUGGAAUAAAAAGGUUUUAUUCUUAAAUGA